AUGUCUGGCAAAUUCUCUCCGUUCUGGAACACAUGGUACCAUUGGAAGGCCCUGCGCCUUCCAUGGCGGAAGCAAUUCAUGGCCGGCCGCGACCUGGAGGGCAACACGUACUGGGAGUUCAACGACGUGCGGCACAGCCAGUCGGCAGCCAUGGCCAACGCGCGCCCGGGCGACGGCAUCCGCAUGCGGCGCAUCGUCAAGUACCCGCGGGGCACGCACCCGGGAUCCGUGCAGGUGUCGCCGCAGUGGCACCAGUGGCUGCGGCAUGUGCGGGACGACGCGCCGUCGCUGCUUGAGCAGCAGCGGGAGGUGGCGCGCCAGGAGCAGAUGAAGGUGCUGGCCGCGCGGGCGGAUGCGCGGUGGGCGGGUGCCCAGCGCGUGGAUGGGCCGGUCGAGCCGGACGCGCUCGGCGCGGCGGCGGCGGCGGCCACGCAGGAGCUCGGCGCGUCCGCGCCAGCAGCAACCACCACGUUGCCGGCCGCCGACCAGACGGUGGCACCGUCGUCGACCGAUGCAAAAGCAGAUGCAAAAGCACAAGCCGAACCUGCCCACGCGCAUGCCACGCAGAAACAACAGACACAACAGACACUGCGAUGGCCGCAGCAGCAAGUAGCGCCGGCAGACGACCCGUGGAAGCGGGAACAGCUGGCGCACGGUGCCCUCGGCGAGUCGUGGCAACCAGCUCCAUGGUCACCACCAGCGAAGAAGCGGUGA